AUGACUAGGAGUGUCGGAUUACGGCAAUAUCGAGCCUGCGUACGCUGUCGCUCUCGAAAAACCCGCUGUGAUUUACAAAGUAUCGGAGAAGCUGGAAAGCCUCCCUGUCUGAAAUGCGAGCGCGAGGGGGCAGAAUGUGUUCUCGCUGGCUCUCGGCGUGGGGGCGAUUACUCUCGUUUCCGACAAACAAGGAAGACUUCGGCCCCGGAUGCGCAAGCUGAGAUGAACACAGGAGGAAUAGCACCCCAUUUUGAUGCGAGUGUAUCUACCACUUCACCCGGCAAUGUUUCCAUACCAUCUACUCAUUACAGCGACCGCCCUGUACACGACAACUUGCAGAACCCAUCUGAUGCACUUUUGAUCCUGGCCCACGCUGCAGGGGGACCUGGAGACCAACGCCAUCAUGAUGAGCGAGUCGAACCUUUUGCUUCAUCACAGAGGAAGCAUGCGGCGGCGAAGCCUGGGCAGACUGUCCCCAAUGGCCGAGAACAUCGCAGUGGCACAACAUACCUCGUUCCCCGAGGCCACGACCACGACAAUUUUCGGGAGGACGAUGGUCAAACUACCUAUCCACCGUUGCAAAACGGAACAAUAAAUAUCAUGAAAAUUACCACCAAUUCUUCCUCUCUCGUCCGAAAAGACAUCCUCGACGGCAUAGACAUCUGGGAAAAUCUGAAAAAUGAAUCAUUCCUCAUGAGCUCAAUCCUAGUAAUCGCCUCAAAGGACCAUCCCGACCUGGUCAACACACACAAGGGAUUAUGGGACUACCUCCGCCAAAGAAUUCUCGACGUGAUCUUCGGGGCAGCGAGCACCCGACGCGUUGGCUAUGUGGAAGGACUUCUUCUGCUCGGGGAGUGGAAUCUUGUCAAUCACGGCCAAACCGAUGAUGGAGGCGGCGAAGCGGCAUGGUCUAUCCUCGGUCUCGCUGUGAGAUUAGCCUAUCGCCUUCGACUGGAAGACGCGUUUCGAGGCGAUGAGAAUGAAGUAGAUCAACGUGCCCAACGGAAUCGUUUAGCAUGGACAUUCACCUACCUCUCAGACCGCCAAAUAUCAAUCCGAAUGGGUCAAGCCUUCUGGUGUCGCGGGCCCGGUCUCGCCGUCCCCGUCACAGCAGAAGAUUUCCCCUCCCUCCAAUCCCAAGGCCCAAACAACGAAGAAAACCUAGCAACCUGGAUCCAAGCACAAGUCGAGCUAACGACUCUAUUUGGAAACGCACAUGACAUCCUUUUCCCGUCCAAGGCUCGCACCGUCGAACUCAUCGUUCGAGGCGAUUACGUGAAAUAUAUCGACGAUACAACUCGCGCUUUGUCCGCUUGGCAGUAUUCAUGGCGAUCGAUUUCCGUCUCGAAACAUUUGCGGAGUUGUCUGACGCUUAUGAGGGAAUAUCUUCGUCUUUAUGUUAGUGCGUUUGCGUUUCAGGCUGUUCUGUAUCGCGCUUCCAGGAUCGUUCCAGAGCAUACUAGUACUGAUACUAGUACUGGGAACUUGAACACAACCAGAGAGACAGCAGGGGAUCUGAGUCCGAGUCUUGACUUCCCCAAUACAACAAUGGCGAGCCCAGAUGCAAGAUACAUAUACGAUGCUCUCGAUGCAGCCGAGUCUCUACUAAAGAUCUUCAUCGAGGACUUCGAUCCGCAGAACCAUCUGCGCUACAUGCCUGCACGUUUCUACUUAUACGAAAUUCACUCCUCAGUCUUCCUCUUCAAAGCCCACGCCUCAGGCGCAAUUCCGCAAGCCCGCUACGCCGAAACAAAAUCAUUAAUAACCCGCUUCAUAACCCACCUUCAAAGCGUCACACCAGAUGAAACCCACAUAUCAACCCGGCACGCACGACUCCUCCAAAGACUCUGGUUUCAGUCCGUGCCCGAAAAUAAUGCACAAGAUGAUGAGCCCGGCAGUUUGACGCAGAAUUCCAUCGCGGGCGGAGCAGUAGAUGGAGGAGAAGCAGGAGGAGGAGGGAUACUACCAUUCCCGAACUUGAAUCCUGGAUCACAAGGGCCCGAUUUCAGCACGGGCGUGGGCGGAAUUAAUCUUAAUAUGCUGGAUGAAAUUGGUCUUGAGACUUUUGAUUAUGUGGAUGCUGUUGAUGGGUUUCUUGCUAUGCCGCCUGUUUUUCCGUAUGAUCUUUCAAUGUUUUUUAAUGGGAGGGCGACAUCGACGGGUGGUGGGGGGGUUUUAGGGUUGUUGAUCAUUAGUACUAUUAGCUAUGGGAUUUAA